ACAAACAGAUGAAGGAAGAGACCUGUAUCUUUCAUCAACAGCUACACUCUCUUUCUCCACCGUAACUCACACUUCCGGCGACUUCUCCGAUCGUUUUCCGGCGAAACCUCACCGGAAGCCAUGGCCAGAGAAUGAGCCUCCGCCGAUCGCCAUGUCGGUCUCCUGCUCCAACUGCUUCCCCGACGACGACGACUCCUUCCUUCUCUGCGGCGAGGACUCCUCCGGAAUCAUCGAUUCCUCGCCGGAGUGUUCCUCUGACCUCGAUUCUCCCCCGCCUUCGGAGGCGGAGGCGGAAUCCAUAGCCGGAUUCAUCGAAGACGAGCGCAACUUCGUCCCCGGAUUUGAAUACCUCAACAGGUUUCAAUCUCGCUCUCUCGACGCUUCUGCCAGAGAAGAAUCGGUUGCAUGGAUUCUCAAGGUGCAGGCUUAUUACGCUUUUCAACCACUCACUGCUUAUCUUUCCGUCAACUACUUGGAUCGGUUCUUGAAUUCUCGGCAGUUGCCGCAAACGAAUGGGUGGCCACUGCAACUUCUCUCUGUUGCCUGUUUGUCUUUAGCAGCAAAGAUGGAGGAACCUCUAGUUCCGUCUCUGUUGGACCUUCAGGUAGAAGGUGCCAAAUACGUAUUUGAGCCCAAAACAAUUAGAAGGAUGGAGCUACUUGUUCUGGGCGUGUUGGAUUGGAGGCUAAGAUCGGUUACCCCAUUUAGCUUCCUCGAUUUCUUUGCGUGCAAGUUAGAUUCAUCUGGAACUUUUACCGGGUUCCUCAUUUCACGUGCUACACAAAUUAUCUUGUCUAAUAUCCAAGAGGCUAGCUUUCUUGCGUAUUGGCCAUCAUGCAUUGCUGCAGCGUCCAUUCUCCAUGCAGCAAAUGAGAUUCCUAAUUGGUCUUUCGUUAGGCCUGAGCAUGCAGAGUCAUGGUGUGAGGGGCUUAGAAAGGAGAAAGUUAUAGGGUGCUACCAAUUAAUGCAAGAACUUGUGAUUAACAAUAACCGGAGGAAACCCCCUAAAGUGUUACCACAGCUGCGAGUGACAUCUCGGCCCAUCAUGAGGUCUAGUGUCUCAUCAUUCUCAGCAUCAUCAUCCUUUUCUCCUUCAUCCUCAUUGUCUUGUAAAAGGAGGAAAUUAAAUAACUCUUUGUGGGUAGAUGAUGACAAAGGAAACUCCAAAUGAAGAGAAAAAGAACAGAAAUAAAGGAGGAAAAAAGAAGAAUGAAAUAAGGUGGUGGACGGUGGUCCAAGUUGUCCGGAAACCCCAACAUUUUUUAGAGGGUUUUUUUAGUAUAAAAAAAUUGACUAGAGUCAAGGUGUACAUUAUGAUAUAGAACAUAUUUUAUGAGAGUUGUGAGCUUUUAUUAUUGUUUUGUUGGUGGGUGUUGCCAUUCAUCAAUGGCAUUGCAGAUUCCCUAGGGAAGGGGAUUUUGCAUCAUAAAUAUAUUGUUGUUGAAAAGUGUGUGUGGGUGUGAGGGAAAGGAGAAAUUAUAUAUGCAUUUAAUGCUUUGGUCGUGCAAGUGUGGAAGAAAGAAGUGGGGGGAGCUUGGAAUUCAAAGAUGCGCUGGUUAUUGGUGAAAGAUCAUAGACGAUGGUGGGACAUUGCUUCAGAGCUUGGAAGAAGAAAAAAAAAGAAGAAAAGAAAAGCAGAGUCUCAGAGCAGAUAUCAAUAGGGUAUUGAAAAACUUUGAAGUGAGUUUUUUCUUCUUAUAAUGGGGGUCUCUAGGUCAAGCUUCUCAUCUUGUCCAGCAUGCUUCGCUUCUUCAAUUUACACGUUACUUUUGGUAGUGUGUGAUGGGAUACCACUAGAGUACAAAAAAAGGAAAAAAAAAAGAAAAGAAGAAAUAGCAAUAAGGUGAAGCUUGCCACAUUUUGUGGACUUAUGAUGAUACGUGUGAGACGCCUCUGGUGUGUGUCUCGCACGUGCGUAUUGUGAUUUUUCUUUUUUUAGCUAUGGCGGGAAUUGCUUUUUAUUUCUUUUUUUUUUUGGCUUGAGCUUUGGCCUAACUAUACAGGAACCAUUGCAUGGUGUCCACGCGUGAUGGAAACACGUGUUUAUAGUUUUCAUUUUUUUCCUUUUUGGAUUUUUUCAUUUGUUUUGGAGGAGAACCCUCUUUUUUUUAUAGUGCCUAUUUGGCUUUGGAAGAAAUGGGAUUAAAGGUCUUUGGGGCCUUUUCCUGAGUGCUUUGUAUUGAAUUCAUUAAUAAUAAUGACACUGUUAAUUCUAUAAUUUCUUUUA